UAACUUAACCCCACCCCCACAGCACUCACACAAGAGGAACACACCCUGCUGUGAAAAGGGACAACAUUCUGAUAAACUGCUGUAUGCUACAAUGGCAACAUUAGUAAACUAGAAGAGCAAAAAGGACUUUCCCUGGCUAAAGCCACACCCCCAGAAUGCUUAAGGAAGAGGGGCUGAUUGUCUGUGCUGAGAACAGAUCACAUGCCAACCUCUCCGACUUCACACUCGAUUACGGCUGCUAAGAAAGGCAAAGCAUGACUGCGGACUAUGGAAUGUGUGCGUGUCGCCUGCUUCGGUGUGUCACCUUAUUCCUGCUAUCGAUUCAGUUCAUUCAAAGUGAAGAUGUCACCAUGGUGAUAGGAGAGGUGGGUGGGGCUGUGACCCUCCCCUGUACCUCUGACGUCCAGAGACUCCCAAUCCACCUGUAUGUACAGAGAUAUGACCCAGCCGAGUUCAUUAAUGGCUACCAUAAGACGAGGGACUUACCAUCCCCUCACCCAGAGUAUGCAAACCGUACUCAAGUAGACCACACACAGGGAACAAUGAAGCUGUGGAGUAUACGGCCGUCAGAUGAGGGGCUGUACGAAUGCCACAUCGGAUACCCAACCACGAACGACGACAAGAACAUACAUCUCAAUGUGACAGCCAACUACAGCAUCCCCGAUGUAACAGUGGCCUGUGACAACGGCAUCUGCUUGGUGACAUGUUCCUCCGACAACGGUUACCCUCCUAGGGAUGUUGAGUGGAGCCUGAACCCUCCUCUUAACCAGAGCCACUGGAGAGUAGUGAACAGCAGUGGUUGGGGAAGAGACCCGGUCUCUAUGCUGUUCUCUGUCGUCCGUUCCAUAUCUGUCAACUGCUCCUCCGGACUCCGGCUGAACCUCAGCUGUGCUGUAGGGGCCGCCCUCUCACAGGAACGCACUGUCUGCAGGCCACCUGAUCUCUCUGUUGUCUCUGUGAUCUCUGCUGUCUCUGUGAUCGCUGCUGUUCUGCUGUGCUUCCUGGUUCUGGGAUUUAGCAGCAAGAAAAACAAGGCUCAGACAGCCAGAGGUAAUCAAGGAGGGAAGGGAGCAGCAAGUUCAGAGGAAAAUGUACAGCUGACCUGAAGGAACCCAGAAACUUGAACAUUUGGAAGGCAGAAUGUGUAAGGUUCUACCAUUUGAUAUGAUAAUUACAAAUCUGAACUCAUUGGAUACUGCCUUCUAAUGGGACAUGGUAAAGGGGUUUCUGAGGUGACCUAACCAUUGCGUGGACUUGUUGCUGUUGGAAACUAUGUUAGCUUUCCUCUACACGCUGGAUGGUAAGCUGGAGUUCAGGGGUGUUUUCACGUUGUUGAGGAAGACUGACAAUUGUAUAAAUAUUUAACUAGUAUGUUCAAAUGACUUAGUUCCACAGAAUAACCAAUGAAAACUAGAAGUGCAAUGACUGUCCUCAAUGUGUGCACUAAACCAGGGUAUGUAGGGUAUGUAGUAUCCAAGGCAACAUAUCUAGUAUUUGUAUUGUGUUUGUAUUAGGACUAGAGACAUGCACUGCACUUUAGAGAAGUGUACACUUAUCCAGUGAGCACUUAUCAGGGGUUGACUGUAUUCAACUGACUGAUGAAUACUGGAUGUGAAUACUAGAAGUGAAUACUGGAAGUGAAUACUGGAAGUGAAUGUGUCUGUCCGUAGUAGAUCUUACUUCAGAUCCUAUACCAGCAUCUCCCAGAAGGUCCGAGUCCACCCCACACACAGUUGAAGUGGGAAGUUUACAUACACUUAGGUUGGAAUCAUUAAAUAAAAAUGUUCCACCACUCCAGAAAUGUCUUGUUAACAAACUAUAGUUUUGGCAUGUCGGUUAGUGCAUGCAUGACACAAGUAAGUUU